GAAAAAUCAUUUUUUCGCGAGUAUAAUAUUCAUUACAUAGUUUUUCAGUACAAGUUAUUUAGCAUCAAUAAAAAAUGUCUCUCAUUAAACAAGCAAAAAUGGUUGGAAUUAGGAACAAACGCAGCGGUCAAUUCAAAUACCAUUUGGUGAAAAAGAGGUUCAUUGCCGGUAUAUUAUAUGGGCCUGAAGUAGAGAGGCCGCUCACGACCAAACAAAUGAAUAAAUUAAUAUCUGAUAUAAAAGAAAAUGAAGAGAUAUCAGAUAAAUAUGAAGUUAUAAAUCAAGGCAAUAUAGACCGGCUUAUAGUGAAAAGGCAAACCACAAAAGAGCAUAUUGCUGAGGUCCUGACAUUCUCAGAAUUAUUUGAUGUUAUAACUGAAGUGCAUUUAGCCUUGGGUCAUCAGAAGAUACAUACUGUAUUUGAUAUAUUAAAAAGAAGGUAUUAUAUAAUAAUGGAAUGGUUGCAGUUAUUUACAAGUGUAUGUAAUGUUUGCUUGAUUCUAAAAUACUGUUUGAAUACAAAAAAUCUGUCAAGAUUAAAUCAUCACAUUGUCCAACUCAAUAUUAUCUCAAAAUCUGGUACAGGAAGAGAUUUAAGAGGCAUUAUAUAUAUGGACUAUUUGACAAAUUAUGUUUUGUUACGGAAAAUUAAAAAUAAAAAGUAUAUUGCAUAUGAGCUAUUCAGAAUAUUUAUGGAUUUUGGUAUACCAGAUUGUAUAGAGGUCAAUGAUAUACAAUUCUUUCAGAGUAAUAUUGACACACUUAGAGAAUUAAUACCACAUUGUGCAUUGAACGUUGAGCAGAAGAAACUGACGAAGUUAAUGCCUUUAGAGAAAAUAGUAAAUGAUUCAGUGGAAAAUUGGCUAACUAAUACCCAAUCCUGUAAUUUCACGUUUAAACUAGUUGAACUGCAAUGGAAAUUGAAUCUAAAGACGAAACCUGUUUGUGUUAGGAGUAAAAUCAUAACAAAUAAUUCAAAAGAAACCGCAUAUUUUGCAUUAUUUAAUCGUAAUGUUCAUGUGAAAAUGAGGCCACCUUUAUACAAAGAAACAGACAGUAAAAUAAGUGAGGUUUUAACUUGUAUGUUUUGUAAAAAAACACUUCAUAAAGCAUAUAAAUGCUUUUAUUGUCAUGAGGUUUUUCAUUUCUUUUGUUGUAAGCGUAGAUUAUGCACAACGAUUGAUAAAACUGUUCUUGUAAUAUGUAAUCAAUGUGAUAAUGAAUAAGAAAUAAAAUAGAAUUUAGAAUCUUGA